AUGAAUUGGCGCACACCUUUGGGCUCAGCACAGCCGGCGGCUGCGUGCUGCCAUGGCAAGAUGAGCAUUUUGGGCGGCCCUCUCUUAGAGGAGACUGAAGUGGAGGAGCUGCUGCGGAAGUAUCCGCGCUUCAAAGGAGCGAUUCCUCCAGAAGCACGCUUAUGGACUGAGGCAGAACUUGAAACCUUCCUGGCCAGCAAUGGGCAAAGAAAACCCACAGACCUGGGCGAGGAGAAGAAGGCACCGGUGAACUGCGGCCUGCUGACCAAAGCUAGGCUAAAACUUGCAGAGUUCAAAGUCGAAGAAGCAACUGCAGAGUACAUCUCAUACUGCCGACAUAGGCAGCAACGUGCCAAUUUUUGCAACCUCCCUGGAAUCGCAUCCUGUAGCCCUGUCCAACGAGUUCGGCAGGUGCCAAGUGGGCUGACCCAACCAUGCACCCUCGUACCCAAGCGGGGACAUGAGCCCGUGUGGCGGCAUUGGAACAUCAGCUUUUGGAAGGAAGCGUGUGGUUUGGAGUAUUGCAACUGCCGCAGUCGGUGGCCAGCCUUCGAGCAAGAUUCAGGUUUCGACGCUCUGUGCAUUGAAGCUGGACUUGUUGAAUACUUGGACUACAUGCUGGUGGUCGAAAUCCAAGACUCUGCCUGCAUGGAAGAUCAAGCCUUAGCCUUUCCAAGACUGCAAGUUGGAGACUUCUGUCCCUUUAUCAGCUCCUGUAGCAGAUUCUUCAAAGAUCACUGGCGAUCCUGGACGCCGCCUGGUGUGGACGAUCUCACGCUGCGCUGGUGCGAGAUUUAUGGCUCCAUCUUUGAGCAAGAUCCGGUUCAUCAGCUCGCGCAAUUUUAUCGAUUGCAUUUCGGUGUCAUAGGAUCUGUGAGCCGCUUACAUCGAAGCAACCACCAAGCGCACGAGUGGCUCCUGCAAAUGGAAGGUCAGAGAAUGGUGUUUCUCUUCCCGCCAGAGGAAACUGAAAACAUCUACGAGCUCAUGGGUGGCUACGACGAAGCGCGCUCCGACGGCAGCUUUGGAUAUGCCACACACAUCAGUGAGGUGAACGUCUUCUUCCCAAGCCAGAAACGUCAUCCACUCUUCGCCAAAUGCCAGGCGUUUGUUUCUCUCCUCGGCGAAGGGAAAUCUUUGGUGAUCCCAUCUGGCUGGUGGUGGACCGCCAUUAGCACCCAGCCUUCGGUCACUUUGCACCAUAGCUACUGGAGCUUUGAGAACAGGUUGGGCUUCGUAGAUGCACUUUGGGCACCGUUUGAAUCACAACAAACCUCUGUUGACGCUCGAAAUGUCAUGAGACCCGCCUUCGCGGAGUUAAGGGAGAGCAUUUUGCAGGACGACGGAAAACGGGAACUGGACGAUUAUGUCGUCAUUGAGGGUGGUCGCUGAGGCGAGUUGCUGGUGCAACUUGAGCAGCUAGAUUGAUGAAGCUUAAGCAUGUGGGUG